UGGCGGUAUAGUUACAACGUUUCUAGAGUACGUCGUAACGCGACGAAAGCGAAAUCGGAAAAAAGAACCCAAGCGAGAGAUUUCGAAAACGCCCAAGGUCGCCCCUUCGCCCUGCUCUUCCUAACGAAGGGAAAAAACCGAAGAGGAAAAGUUAAACCCUCGAGGCGGGACAUAGGGUUUACUCUCUCUGUUAGGGUUUGCGCUCACGAUCCUAGGGUUUGUCCAUGCGGGCAGCGGCGGCUUGAUCGAUCUCUAGGGUUUCGGCUUAGGGCCUCCUCCGAUCCGAGGGUCGCGGAGGGAGGAUAUGCAGACGGAGGCGAGGAGGGUGGGCAUGGUGGUGGAGGGCGGAGGCCAGAGGGCCCUCGCGGCCGGUCACGGCGGCGGCGGCGGGGGAGGCGGCGGCGGGGGCGGAGGCGUCGCCGUGGAGGGCGAGGCGUGGCGGUUCUCGAAGGGUCGGCAGCAGCAGCAGCAGCAGCAGCAGCAGCAGCAGCAGCUUCAGCAGCAGCCGCAGAUCGGGUCGGUGGCGCACCUCGUCGCCGGAGGGGUCGCCGGAGCCGUUAGCAAGACCUGCACCGCCCCGCUCGCGCGUCUCACCAUCCUUUUCCAGGUGCAAGGCAUGCACUCUGAUGUUGCAACCCUAAGAAAGGCUAGCAUGUGGCAUGAAGCUUCGCGCAUUGUUCGUGAAGAAGGGUUCAGGGCAUUUUGGAAGGGGAAUUUAGUGACUAUUGCACAUCGACUACCUUAUUCCUCUAUUAGUUUUUACACGUACGAACGCUACAAACAUUUACUACAAUUGGUUCCUGGUCUAGAUAGGCAUAGAGAGUAUGCCAGUGCGGAUAUAUGUGUGAGAUUGCUUGGUGGCGGUUUGGCAGGAAUAACAGCCGCAUCUAUGACUUAUCCAUUGGACCUUGUUAGAACUCGUCUAGCUGCUCAGACAAACACUAUGUAUUACAGAGGCAUAUCCCAUGCACUUUAUGCGAUUUGCAGAGAUGAGGGUGUUAGAGGAUUAUACAAGGGUCUUGGAGCUACAUUGUUGGGAGUUGGUCCUAGUAUAGCAAUCAGCUUUUCUGUCUAUGAGACCUUGAGAUCCCAUUGGCAAGCAAAAAGGCCACAUGAUUCGGCUGUCUUAGUCAGUUUGGCUUGUGGAAGUCUCUCAGGCAUUGCAUCGUCGACCGUUACAUUUCCAAUAGACCUCGUGAGACGGCGAAAGCAGUUGGAGGGGGCAGCUGGGCGGGCCCGAGUCUACAACUCGGGCAUUAUUGGGACAUUCAGGCACAUUGUCCGCACUGAGGGCUUCAGAGGCUUGUACAGAGGUAUACUGCCCGAGUACUACAAAGUCAUACCGAGCGUCGGCAUCGUCUUCAUGACCUAUGAGACUUUGAAGGCCUUCCUCUCGAGUACAACUCCGCUUGACUCGUGACUAGCCUGCUACAACCCUUCUUUACGAGUUCGUAAUUUUGAUCUUUGAACACUGUGGUAGUGAUACCUGAGGAUGAGUUUCCAUACAAUGUUUUGGUAGUAGAGAUAGUAGAGAGCGAUUAUGUAUCCGCGGAAUUAGAUGGUGGCAAGUUGGGCAAUUUGUUCGAUGAAUCUACUCAACCUGUAUAGAUACGUUAUUGUUACGUAGGUGGUGUCCGAGUCGUACAUUUCCAAUUUUGACGCUCAUGUUGUCUUCUUUGUCAUGUAUUUUCCAACUUUGAUUGAUUUUUAGAGGAGAGGGAAAAAAAAAGAAAAAAGAAAAAAAGGGGAUUUGUUUCUUGUUUUUUAUGCUGGUUAAUUUGAACCUGAUGGUGCUAUUUAAUUA